AUGUCGCAGUAUCCUCCCCAAGGUGGCUACCCUCCCCAGGGUUACCCGCCCCCCCAGGGCUAUGCGCCUCAGCCCUACCCGCCCCAGGGCUAUCCUCCCCAAGGUUAUCCGCCGCCCCAGCCCAUGCAAUAUCAUGAGGCGCCCCCGGCCAAGGAGGAGAAGAGCCACGGCUGCCUCUACACUUGCCUAACGACACAUGAAUCCUGCUUUAAUGCGCCCGUCCGAGCCGACAAACCGACAAUGGUCUGUGAGCAGGGGAUCUGA